AUGCCAUCUCGACGUCCAUCAGCCGUCACUGUCAAUGGGGAAGAUUCCCCUUUGGCAUCUUCUUCCCGUGCGAGGGGUAGGGAAAAUGGCAAGGAAAAAGAAACGUUUGGAUGUCCUUUUCCUGGUUGUAAUCAAUUCUACAGUCGACUGGAGUAUUUGAAACGACAUCAGCGUAAACAUCAAGAUGUUCGACCAUUUUUAUGCGCCGACUGUCGUAAAGCAUUUGCCAGAAGUGAUGUCUUACUUCGACAUCGUCGAAGAUGUCAUCCUACUCCUCCCCCACCUGACCAGAUAUCGAAAUCUCCACCGCCACCCGCUCGUGCCUACCCUGGAGUUCCCGUAUCCGCCUCUCGUGACGAUGCGCACAAUAGGUCACCUACCAGAACCAAGCGUGUGCGCCCCGCAAGUAGCAGCAGCAGUACCGAAAGAGCACAGCGGCGCAGGCUGUCUGAUGAUGACGACGAUGAUGAGGACGACGAGGGGGCUUUUCCAGGAGAAAACUCCGCGUAUCAACCACACGGGUUAGACGAUGGUGAUAUCUAUGGCAUCAAUAAUGGUUAUUACCCCCAAGACUCCGAUACGAUUAAUUACGCGCCCCAACUACCCAUACCCAUUUUCCAACAACAAUCGGGGUAUCAUAAUCUCGAAGAUGCCUCCGCAUUGCUGUCAAUGGCAUACCCCGGUGGUCUACCCGCUGCCGACACUUCGGCGGUCGUGGCUGGUCAACGAGUAGUACCGGAUUGGAAUGAGGGGCAAACUCUCCAUAUGAUGAUGGAACAUACCAACAAGGCAACCGAUGUUCAGCGAAAAGACAGUUCCGGCACGGCAUCCGACCAUAGCGGGCAGAAUGAUACGCUGCCAGAGUCGAUGGGGAAUUUUCUCGGAACGAUGAAUUGGCUCUCUAGCGGGGCUAGUGGUCAUAGGCAGUGUGGCGCUGAAGGAGAUGUGAUUGGUUCUACGCCUCCCAAUCAUCCCUCUCCUCGGCCCACUUCCCCAUUCCCAUUAUCUUCUCUCUUCUCCCCCUCCGCCUUCGGUCUCUCAUUACUUGAAGGGGCUGCUCAGCCAUCGACUGAAUCGGACGAGGACAACAAUCAAACAGUCAUGAGUAUCCUUGAGUCGCUCUCGAAAUACGAAGUGCCACAAACUCGGGUUAAUCCCAACCCCGAACGGCCCAUCUUGCGUAUUGAUAAUGCUUCGUAUCGCAACCGAAUGGGUGAAGAACCUCUCAACAGGAGUGGCAAAUUCUACCUUCCCGCCGAUCGGUUUGCGGGUUGUUACCAGAUCCCUCACUGGGCCUUGCCCCCUCUGCGAGUACUGUCUCUCAUGGCAAAUCGUACCUUUCACACUGUGCUCAAUCACCUCUCUUUUGUCCACACCCCAACCUUUAAAUUGAUCGACACCGCUGCUUGUCUGGCAUUUGCCAUGUGCACAGUUGGUGGCAUUAGGACCGGCGCCCAGAGAAAGAACUACACCAUCAACGGACAGAGGGUCAAUCCGCAAACAUACUACGAACAACUCAUCAGCGGACCCGUCACCCCUAAUCAAUCAUGGGAACAGAUUUACACGGACAAUUAUAUCUCCGGUGGCAGGGAUCAAACGGAUGAGGAUCUGAAAAAGGUGGAAGAGUGGUACAACGCCCCGAUCGUCAGAAAUGAGAAGACGAACAUGCUCGUCAAGUCGUUCUCUUUAGCACAAGGAGUUCUCAUGACGGAGUACAAUGUGGCAUUGCUGCAGGCUUUGAUCUUGUACAACGCGCCGUAUUUCUUGAGUGAGGACGAGAGCGAACGAACGCUAGCCAACAUGGGUUUGGGUACGAUUGUCAACAUCUCUCGACAGAUUGGCUUUUUCAACACCGAGCUCGAGCACUUCAACACAACCAUCGAACUGCCACAAGAACCGACGACGGCCAACGAUCUGGACCUGUACUGGCGUCGGUGGGUGCAACUUGAGACUCGACGUCGGACCGCCUUCCUCGUCUAUCUUUUGGACACCAUUUCGGCACUCGAAUCCUCCCUCCAAUGCAUCCUGUCGCCCAGCGAACUGUGCUUACUGCCGCUUCCGGCCACAGACGCACUGUGGAGGGCAGAGACGGCAGAGCAAUGGUUGGCUGCGGCGAAAGAGGCUCGAGUUAUGACACUAGACGAAGCUAUGCGACGACUUUUCUUCCUGCCAACCUAUGGAAGCUUUGAAGAAAUGCACGAGAAGGCAGACACCAAAGGCUUGAACCUGUUAUGUGAGUUUGAACUGGGACCGUUUGCGCGCGUGGCGAUGAUCAUCUCGUUGCUUCGGGGUGUUAUCGAUAUUGGAGAGGGGAAACGUGAUCGAGGUGACUGGCGUGAUUUGACGGAUCUGUGGGUCAAUUGUAGUUGGUUGAAACCGGGUACCAAGAUGCUUUCACAGACUGGGGCGGACAUUGGUCCUGUAUCAAGAGAAAGUCUGAGAGGGCGGUUUGGUAUGGCAUUGCAAAGGUGGAGAGAAGGAUGGGACUUUGACUCGUUAUGUCCUGCUCCUACCCCUUUUACUCCUUCAGGGGGAGCUUCAACCAGUACUUCAGAAUCUCCACCGGGACUGGAUCCUUCGAGUCGAUCGUCGAGUAGUAGUUCAGACACAAACCGAUUUGGAAAACUCAACUACUGCGAGGAGGCUCUCCCAUUCUAUUGGCUGGCUCAAGCUUUGCUGUCUGUUCUCAACACUUCACCCCCACGAGAAUCAGGAUGGAACGCUUUUUCUCAGAUAUCUUAUUCCGACAUGCUCAAAUCGUCUCGAACGUUCACGCGGAUGGGUGAAGGCGUCGCAUCUGGUACCUUUACUCCAGGAGCGAAUCUGAGUAGUGGAAUGUUGACAAUGUACUCAUAG